AAGCGCCACCCCGACCGAGAAGCGCGGACACGGCGGGGUGGAGGAGCCGCUCCCGAUCCCUGACGGCUGUGGCGGCUUCGGGUGCCGCCCUUGCCCGGCGGGAGCGGCCCGGGAAGGCGAGCAGGUGGCUGGGAAGCGCUAUUAAAGCCGAGCCCGGCAGCACAGGAGCAAAACUGAGUGGCGGCCUCGCUCCCUCAGCCGCUCCCUCAGCCACAGCUGCGGCUUCGCGCCUCGGCCGCGCCCCUCACCAGAGGGCGGGAAGGGCUGUGAGGGGCCGCCCUCGGCCGGCUGAGGUGGGAUCGCUGCCCGGCUCUCGGAGGCCAUCGCCUCAGGGCGGCCGGCCGGCAGCUCCCCGGCACCUCCAUUUUCGUGUGCCCUCAGGGCCGCUCCGCCUGCCCUCGGGGUGUGAGCGCUGAGGAACCCUCCACAGCAGGACCAGGACAGCAGGUGCAGGUACCAAACCUUCCAUCUGGAGCGCUGGCUUGCCUUGGAAACUUGAGAGGGGUCAGUUUGCUGCUUUAGUUCGCCUCAUUCCCUCAGGGGUGUUGGCUUGAGGUGCGUCCUUGGAGGAGCAGGGAAGGCGGUCUGAGGAAAGGGAGAAGGGGCCGCCGUGUGGGGAAGGACGCGGGUCUGGGCACUCCCCCGGCCCUGGGCGAGUUGUUCUUGAUGUUCCUGUGAAAUAGCUUUGAGCAGGAGAAGUGCUGGGUUUUUUGCAGGGUGUUUUUGCUACGGGCAGCGUUAGUGAGUUAAGUUUCCUUAGGUCGGUCGGAAAUGGCGAGCAGCAAUGGCUGCUUUGAGGGUGCGGCAGUGUUCGCCUUCGACCCCGCGCCUGAGAAGAUUUUGCUCCCCGAGGUUCUCAGACAGCCAGUUUCAAAGGAUCUCUCCGAGCCUGUGACUGCAAGGCUGAAUCCUCCACCUUGUAUGAUGUGGAGUGAACCAGGGGUGAUGAAAAAUCCAGGACCUUUUCUUUCUAAAGGAGCCGACAUCACCACAUUUUCAGCCUUUCCCUCACAGAGAGACCUGGAUUUGAUUGAAAGAUACAAACAGGGAGUAAUAAACUCAGUAUCUGCCUUGCAUCUGUUUGCCAAAACACACCACCUGCAGCUUGAAUUGAAAGAAACGAGCGUGGCAGGCGAUGUCAUAAGGCCCUAUUUUGCCUUUUGUGCUGUGAUAAAUGGUGUUUGCUACAAGACUGGGCUGGGAAAGAACAAGAAGGAAUCCAAAUUAAAUGCAGCCAAACUGGCUCUUGCUGAGCUACUUAACUUGGAGAAUUCAGGGGUGAAGUCUUUUGAAGAUUCAGCUUUUCCCUGUGUUCCUGCUGAGCCCCGACCUCCAGGAAACUCUGCUUGUGUUUCAAGGACUGGAGGAGAACAUACCUAUCAAAAGCUCUCACAAAUGCUUGAGGAAGUGUUUAACCGCCUGACUACCCAACACCCUGAGUACCAAAGCUGUGGCAGUUCCCUGGCUGCCUUCAUCAUUGAAAAGGGUGGGCAGCAUGAGGUGGUGGCUCUGGGGACAGGAGAAUGCAACUACAGCCGGCGCUUCGAGUCCUGUGGGAGGCUCUUGCACGACAGCCAUGCCAUUGUCACUGCCAGGCGUUCCCUGCUCAGAUAUUUGUACAGGCAUCUUUUGCUGUUCUAUAACAAAAAUCCAGCCAAGGCAGAGAGAUCCAUAUUUUGCACAGCACCAGGCUCGAAGCUGCUCACCUUAAAGCAAAACAUAACUCUCUCUCUCUACAUGAACCAGCUUCCAAAAGGAACUGCUCAGUUAAAAUCAGAGGUGCAUCUCGGUCCCCAGUCUAUCUCUGCUUACGAAGCCAGCGAAGAGCUGAGUCUGCAUGUUGCCUUAGAAGGCAGGAUUUACCUGGCUGUUUGCUGUCCCCCCAAGACUGUCAGAGUGAGCAGCAUGUCAGCUGGUGACAAACUGACCAAGUGGGAGGUGGUUGGUCUCCAGGGAGCCUUGCUGAGCCACUUCAUCGAACCCGUGUACAUCAGCAACAUUCUCGUGGGAAAUGGAAGUUGUAGGGAUACAAAAGGACUGGACAUAACCAUAAAGCAGCGUCUUGAUGAUGAACUUAUUUCAAAGCUUCCUGUGCAUUACCUGGUCAACAGAUCUCAUAUUUACUUGGUGAAAGCUGCACUGCCAAUCCAAACAGAUUUGAACCAGUGGUCACUUAGUUUGAAUUGGACAUUUUCAGAUGCAUCCCUGGAGGUUGUGGAUGGAUUAAGUGGGAAAACCACUGAAAGCUCCCCGUUCCGCAGCGGCACCUGCCUGGCCAGCCGCCUGUGCAAGGCCGCCAUGUUCAGCCGCUUCAGGAUGCUCGCCAGGGAAGCAGGACGGGCCGACCUGCUCCAGUUUCCAACAUACCAUGAGGCAAAGAUUAAAUCUCAGUUGUACCAAGAAGCUAAAAGCUUGCUGCAGAGCUACUUAGAGCAGCACAGUUACGGAUCAUGGAUUGUGAAGUCUCCGCAUAUUGAACAGUUCAGUGAUUAAUGGAGGUGGAUUAAAUGUCAAAUCAGUUUGAA